CCACAGUACAUUGAGUCGAGACAGUUUUAUGCUGAAGCUAUGCCCAUCAUUGAUGUUCUGUCCGCCAGGUUUUCCACUUAUGACAAAAUGUACAGUCAUGAAGUACGUGAACAAAGCUUUGCAGACUGGCCAUUUAGAGAGGAGUGCAACUGCACACCUGAGAAGAUGGCUAAGGCUGGGUUUGUCCACUGCCCAAGUGAGAAUGAGCCUGAUGUAGCUUGCUGUUUCUUCUGUCUGCUUGAGCUUGAGGGCUGGGAGCCAGAUGACGAUCCUUGGACUGAACACUCAAAACGUAACCCCAACUGUGGCUACUUAAUCUUGAAGAAAGACUUCAUCGAACUGACUGUGGCUGACUACUAUCAAAUGGAAAAAGAGAGGCUAAAGGUCUACCUUAGAAAGGUUUGUCAUCAGAAGAUGGCAUAUUUCCGGGAUGGCGUAGACCAUAUGCUUGAGAGCCUUAAAUCUCAGUUGGACACUAUGUGAUAUGGUUGAAAAGAAACUUCCUGUUUUAUAUAUUGUGAUUUU